CAGAGCAGAGGUGACGGGUGACUCUGUACAAACGGCUUUUGCUUGGUUUUUCUUCUGUUUCCCUGCAUCUGUGUCAGCCAAAUCAGUUAAAACAUGCUGAUUGCUCUGUUUCUCGCCUUCCUGGUGUCUUCUGCCAUUGCCAAAGAGAAAGACAGUACUCUUCCCAGGCUGAACGACACCGCAGCUACUGAAGCCUUCAUCAACUCUGCUGAAGUAGUAGUCAUUGGAUUCCUGGAGGGAGAGGAGAGUCCCGGCUAUAAGGAACUUGUUGCAGCUGCAAAACGAGUUGACUCAGUCCCUGUAGCCAUUUGCACUGUGAAAGAGGUGUGGGAAGAUUACAGCCUCUCCUCACACACUAUCACCCUCUUCAGAAAGGCAGAUAACCACCAGGAGAAUCUUGUUCUUGCUGAGGUCAAGAAGUUGGACACCGAUGGUCUUGUAAAUUUCAUCAGCAUGAACGAGGUCCGGUACAUCACAGAAUACAGCCAAGUGACAGCAGUGGGGCUGUUCAAUUCAGAGGUGAAGUCGCACCUCCUGCUCUUUGCCAACAGGGGGAGUAAAGAGUACAGUGAACUCAAGGAGCGACUGGGAGCUCUGGCACCUGAGUUCACAGGCAAGUUUUUGUUUGUGCUGAUUAAUGGAGCACUGAAGUCCAGCUCUCAAUCACUCGGCUACUUCGGCCUGACGUCUGGAGACCUCCCACGCGUUGGCAUCUACGACGGUGACUCAGACAUGAAGUGGCUGCUACCUGAGGGAGAGAUUUCUACUGAACGAGUACAGGAAUUUUGCCAGUCCUUCCUCCGAGGAGAACUAAAGGAGGUGAAGCAGGCCGGAGCAGAAGCCAAAACAGAACUUUAGGACUGGUAGAGUGUGAAUUCAUUAAUAUUUGUCGAAUAAAAACUAAAUGUGAACAGAUACUGAUAUGAAUUCUUUAU